GGCAUCUUCAGUUCUCUGGACCUUGGAUCCAUGCUUCUUGAAGGGAGCCUGAAAGGGGGCAAAUUGAAAGAUCGGCUACUGAGUCAGGAGCGAAUCAUGGCUCUUAACAGCUACUGCUUUUGGGCCCUCCUUCUGCUGCUUUUCCUUCCAGUGAAUUCCUUCUUCCCCUGCAGUGAAGCCUCAUCCUAUGAAGACUUCCUGAGAAGGCAUGUGGACAACCCCAAAACUGAUCUCCAGAAUAACCACAACUACUGCAACAGGAUGAUGCGCCGCAAGGGCUUGAAAUGUCAAUGGAGCAACACCUUCAUCCAUGCCAGCAGAGAACGGCUGACCGCCGUCUGUACAUCUAGGGGAAGGAAACUGGAUGGCAAUCACACCAGCAAAAGCCUAUUUUCAAUCACCAUCUGCAUCAAAAGUAACCAACACAAGACAAUCUUCUGCAAGUACGAAGGGAAGAGUGAGAUCAGGAAAAUCCGAGUCACUUGCCAUAGGGGCCUUCCGGUCCACUACAUUACCCAUGCUUGAAUGAAGAAGAGAAAUGUAGCAGAACCAAAGGUCCUAUUCUACGUUGUUUUGGCAACCUUCCCUUACUUGUUCUGCUCUCCCACAUCCUCACACACUCACUGAGCUGGCUGCAUGGCUUGGCAUAAGCAGUUUUCUCCAGUUCAGGCUAUAGCCUUUUGGAUUUAUCUGAUUUCCUUUUCCCACCAAGUCCAGCUUGGUGGUUUCAUCAGACUUUCAAAGAUCAGCCACAAUAGCCUUGGCAGUGUCUUUAAAUUCCACAUGUGUCCAUGCAAAUAA